AGUUGUGCGAGCAAGGUGUACCAACAAGCUGACAGUAUCUAGCGAUAGUUUGUGUCUAAAGACACGCUGAGUUGUCUCUAUUCAUUUACUUUUAACCUCGUUCUGAGGGGAAGCUGUUGUCUGUAUUCAUACUUUUUUGUAUAGUCACAAACCAUAUUUUGUGUGUAGAGGAAGUGGACAAGCAAAAUUGUUUCCAUUUGUUCAUAGAUAGUUGUGAGAGGAAGGUGUUGUAUAUAUUUGGAAGAAUUGUAGUUGCACGAUAGCUUUUUUGUUUGCGAGACAAAGGGAGUGCUGGACAAGCAAAGUUGUUUUCUCUAUUUAUUUACUCUGGUGUUAAAACUUAGCUGUAAGAGGAAGUUUUGUUAUCUAUACUUAGGAUUUUUAUUGUUUAUAGGACUGUAUAUGAGUGGGGUGGAUGAUACAACGCUUAAUAUCAAAAUUGGUACUCUGGUUUUGUAUUUGCCGCGCAGUGUUCGGCGGGCUGCCUACCCGCAGCCGGUAAGGGACAGUUUUGCUUCGGAUCGAGAUCGUAAGGUUGCGCUGUAGUUGCGAGGAUGGCAGCAGCUACCAUGAGCGGCGAAAACACAGUCCGUGUCAGUAGUCUUAGUGACGACCAGCAACAACAGCUGGAUGAGGAGACCAUGUCGGCGGCAGAACGCGAACUAGCGGAGGACGCUCAAUGGAAGCGAAUCCAGCAAAACACGUUCACGCGGUGGGCCAACGAACAUCUCAAGACCGCUGACAAACACAUCAGCAAUUUGGAAACCGAUUUAUCGGACGGCCUGAGGCUCAUCACACUGCUUGAGGUGCUCUCCGGAAAGCGGCUGCCCAAACACAACAAACGACCGACGUUCCGCUCGCAGAAGCUCGAAAACGUGUCUGUCGCUCUUCUCUUUCUGGAGAACGAGGCUAUCAAAAUAGUGAACAUCGAUUCAUCAGAUAUCGUGGACUGUAAAUUGAAGUUGAUUCUUGGUUUGAUAUGGACUCUGAUUCUACAUUUUUCGAUUUCAUUGCCCAUGUGGGAGGGAGAGGACGAUACCCCAAAUGGAGAAAAGGGACAAACUCCCAAACAACGAUUGCUGCACUGGAUACAGAGCAAGGUUCCCGAUAUAGCGAUUUCAAACUUCACAUCAGACUGGAACGAUGGUAAAGCGGUUGGUGCCCUAGUCGAUGCAGUAGCUCCAGGACUGUGCCCGGAUUGGCAGGAUUGGAGUCCGAAAGAUGCGGUCCAGAAUGCUGCCGAAGCUAUGGGAUUGGCUGAUGACUGGCUUAAUGUUAGACAGCUCAUCAAGCCAGAGGAAAUGGUCAAUCCCAACAUGGAUGAGCUUUCAAUGAUGACCUACUUGUCUCAGUAUCCAAAUGCCAAACUCAAACCAGGAGCGCCUUUACGUCCCCGAACUAAUCCCAACAGUAUUGCUCCUCCUCGAGUACGAGCUUAUGGACCAGGAAUAGAACCAACUGGACCUAUAGUUGGUUCACCCGCUAUAUUUACUGUUGAAACAUUCUCUGCUGGAAAAGGAAAAGUCGACGUCAUUGUAGAAAAUCCCAACAGGCAAUUGGAACCAGUUGAAAUCCGGUACAAUAAUGAUCGAAAUCUAACAUACAGUGUAUCUUAUUCGCCAAAAAUUGAAGGACCACAUAAGGUGUACGUGAAGUUCGCCGGUCGAGAAAUUCCCAAGUCACCCUACAAUGUGUUAGUCGAAAGUCAAGCUGGAGAUCCUUCGAAGGUUACUGCGUCAGGUCCUGGAAUUCAACUAGACGGCAAUAUUACUAACAAACCAACUUAUUUCGAUAUCAACACUAAAGACGCAGGGAAAGGAGUUCCGGAAGUUAUAAUACUCGAUCCUGCAGGACACAAAAAUACAGUACCAGUUAAAGUGAGACAGCUGUCCCCAGACGUUUGGCAUUGUGAAUAUACCUCUCCAAAUAAUGGUCUGCAUUCAGUGAAUGUAUUUUUUGCCGGGCAGCCAAUACCAUCUAGUCCCUUUGGGGUGAGAAUAACACCAGCUUCAGAGGGUGCAAAGAAAGUUCGCGCAUACGGUAGAGGACUUCAACCGUCUGGAGUUCGCGUCAAAGAUGCGGCUGAUUUUCGAAUCGAGACUGAAGGAGCAGGAGAGGGGACACCUGAAGUACUUGUCAUUGGUCCUGGUGGAGCUCACGAACCAGUGAAGCUGACAAAAAUCAAUGGCACAACUUACGACGCUGUAUAUUAUCCUCGUAAAGAAGGCCGUUAUAUUGUGAUGGUGAAAUUCCUCGGUCAACCCAUUCCCAAAUCACCCUUUGAAGUGGUAGUAGGACCCUACAAGGAAACGCAAAUCAGAGCAUAUGGACCUGGUCUCUCUGGAGGUGUUGUUGGCUAUCCAGCACUAUUCACUGUUGAAACCAAUGGAGAAACUGGAACAUUGGGGUUCAGCAUAGAAGGGCCAUCACAAGCAAAGAUCGACUGUCACGACAAUGGAGAUGGCUCAGCAGAUGUGCGAUACUAUCCAACUAUCCCUGGUCAAUACGCGGUUCACAUCGUAUGUGAUGAUGAAGACAUUCCAAACUCUCCUUACAUCGCCAAUGUUACUCCCAAUACUGAUUUCUACCCAGAAAAUGUCAAAUGUCAAGGAAAAGGUAUUGAAAGAGACGGGGUAUCAAAAGGUAAUCCAACAGAAUUCACUGUUGAUACAAAAAAAGCUGGAACCGCUCCUCUUGAUGUUCAGGUUUUGGACGCCAAGAAUAAUAAAGUUGACGUUAAUGUGAAAGAUAAUAGAAAUGGAACUCAUACUUGCUCAUAUACUCCGAAAUCUGGUGGUAGACACACAGUUCAAGUUAACUAUGGAGGAGUGGCCACAAACAAGAGUCCUUAUAGAGUGAUUGUAUCCCAGCCUCUGAAUCCUUCGAGAGUGCAAAUAUUUGGACCCGGUGUUGAAAAAGGAGUCAAAUCAAACACGCCAACUCAUUUCAAUGUUGACUGCCGGGAUGCUGGCCAAGGAGAAGUAGAUGUAUCUGUUAGCAACGAGAAGAACGUUCCCAUACCAAUUCAAGUGACUGACAAUGAGGAUGGAACUUACAAUGUUGACUAUUGUGCACCUACCCCUGGCAAUUACACCAUCAAUGUUAAUUAUGGGGGCCUCCAGGUUCCGCAGUCCCCACUUCGAGUUCCCGUUAGUCCCCAUGUUGAUGUUUCCAAGAUACGUGUUGAUGGAUUAGAGCCAACUGCCCCAGUCAACAGCCUGCAGCAAUUCCGGGUUAUAACACAGGGCGCGGGCAAGGCAGAGUUCGCGGUGGCAAUCACAUCACCGUCAGGGAGUCGCGUCAAAGCGCACGUCAUCCCCACCCACGAGGGCUUCCUGGUCAACUUCAUCCCGACAGAGCUCGGCGAGUAUCUGUUGAGCAUCUCGUUCGGCGGAGAACCAGUGUCACCAACCCCCUAUCGGCUGACCAGUCUGCAUAGCAGUGAUGCAGACCGUGUGAGGGCCAGUGGCCCAGGGUUAGAGCAUGGCACCGUCGGGCAUCCAGCUGAGUUCAUGAUCGAUACCCGCGGUGCAGGACAAGGAGGCCUGGGAGUCACUGUCGAAGGCCCCUGUGAAGCUGCCAUCAAUUGUCGUGACAACGGUGACGGCACCUGUUCUGUCGCAUAUCUGCCCACUGAAAUGGGUGACUACAGCAUCAACAUCACCUUCAAUGACCUCCAUAUCCCCGGCUCUCCCUUCCAGGCGAUCAUCAUGCCUGAGCCCAGUGUCGAACGGAUCAAGGCUUCUGGCAGUGGCAUCCAGCUACAUGGUGUCUACGUCGACUCUCCAACUGAAUUCACUGUAGAUUAUGGUGCUGUUGGCAAGCCAGGGAAGAUCGAUGACAAGAAAGUAACAUGCACAAUCACAAAUCCAUCUGGCUCACAUACUGAGAAUAUGAUCACACCAUUGGCUGAUGGAGCUUACAAAAUACAAUACACUCCUUUCGAAGAAGGCCGUCAUACAAUUGACAUUCUAUACGAUGGUCUGCCGAUUCCUGGUUCACCAUUCGUAGUGAAUGUGAGACGAGGCUGCGAUCCAAGCAAAUGUCUUGCAUUCGGACCAGGACUAGAAAGAGCAAUUCUCAACAAACCUAAUUCUUUCACCGUGGAAACCAAAGGAGCCGGAACAGGAGGACUAGGUUUAGCAAUCGAAGGACCUUCAGAAGCGAAAAUGACUUGCAAAGACAACCGAGAUGGCUCCUGCUCUGUCGAGUACGUUCCAACCGAGCCUGGUGACUACGAUGUCAGUAUUAAGUUUGCUGACAAGCAUAUACCUGGCUCACCAUUCAAGGUUGCUGUGGACUCACCAGUUGAUUCAAACCAAGUGCAAGUCUAUGGUCCAGGAGUUGAGCCGAACAAGUGCCGUGCAAAUGUGCCCGUCACCUUCAAAGUGGACACUACCAAAUCAGGAGUGGCUCCCUUAGGUGUCAACAUUCGAACGGACAGAGGUCCAUUACCUACUCAACCAGAGAUAAAAAAUAAUGGUGAUGGAACAUAUGAUGUGACCUAUGUUCCCAAUCCUGAGGGCGCUAACCUUAAAGCGAACAUCACUUAUGGAGGCAAAGAAAUCCCAAAAAGUCCAAUACAGAUGAAAAUCAAUCCUCAAGUUGAACCUGAAAAGGUGAAAUUGGAAGGAGCCUGCUUGAAAGGAGCUCCAGCCUCAGUGCCUGCAGAACUCAUCAUCGACACAAGCAAUGCUGGUUAUGGAGAUCUUGAAGUCCAAGUCUUGGGUCCUGAUGGUUAUCCCCGUAAAGUGAAGGUGACCGAAGCGGAAGAAGGAAAGUUUAAAGCCAACUUCGUGCCAGAUGACUGUGGAAGAUACAAAGUUACUGUCAAAUAUGGAGGAAAAGAAGUUGCGCAGUCUCCUCUGCUUAUACAAGCACAUGCCACUGGAAAUGCUGAGAAGUGUAAAAUCACAGAAGGCGUUCAGAAAACAGUGGCGAGUGGUGAAGAGUACUCGAUUACAGUCAACACAAAGAAUGCAGGAAGAGGUAACGUUACCUGCCGUAUCCGAUCCACUUCUGGCAGUGAUUUCGAUAUUGACAUUGAAGACAAUGGAGAUGAUACAUUCAGCAUCUACUACACACUGAAUGAGCCUGGCGACUACACUCUCAAUGUUAAAUUCGGAGGUCAACCCGUUCCAGAAGGUUUCUAUACUUUCACGGUCGAAUCAUAUAAGGAAGUGAGCAGCACUCAUCGUCAGACAACUCACAGUGAGUCGAACAAGUCCCAAUACCGACCAGUUCAUCUUCAUAAUAUCCCAUUACCUACUACCGGAGGUCACGUGACUGCUGAAAUUAAGAUGCCAAGUGGCAAUACUGACAAGCCAGUUAUAGAGGAUAACCGCGAUGGAACAGUCAGCGUCAAAUAUGAACCCAGGGAAGAAGGUCUUCACGAGCUCUAUGUCAAAUACAACGGUGAACAUGUCCAAGGCUCUCCGUUCAAAUUCCACGUGGACUCUGUAAGCAGCGGCUAUGUGACAGCUUAUGGACCUGGCUUGACCCACGGUGUAAGUGGAGAACCAUCCAACUUCACCAUCUCUACCAAAGGCGCUGGAGCAGGUGGAUUGUCGCUGGCUGUUGAAGGCCCAAGCAAAGCUGAUAUCAGCUGCCAUGAUAACAAGGAUGGAACCGUGUCAGUCUCCUACUUACCGACGGCUCCAGGCGAAUACAAAAUCGCUGUCAAAUUUGGAGACAGACAUAUCAAGGGAAGCCCAUACAAUGCUAAAAUUACAGGCGAAGGAAGGAAGAGAAACCAGAUCUCUGUUGGAUCGUGCAGUGAGGUAUCUCUGCCUGGCAAGGUCACUGAUGCAGAUAUCAGAUCUCUCAAUGCUUCCAUCCAGGCACCUAGUGGCUUGGAAGAGCCUUGCUUCCUCAAGAGAUUGCCAAAUGGAAACUUGGGCAUUUCAUUCACUCCUCGUGAGGUUGGAGAGCACACUGUCUCUGUGAAGAAAAUGGGGAAGCACAUCACCAACUCUCCUUUCAAGAUAAAUGUGGGCGAAAGAGAGGUCGGUGAUGCGAAGAAGGUGAAAGUGUGUGGUGCGCUCACUGAGGGAAAAACCCAUGUUGAAAACACCUUCAUGGUCGACACCAAGAAUGCUGGUUAUGGUGGUCUGUCACUAUCAAUCGAAGGACCGAGCAAAGCUGAGAUCCAAUGCAAGGACAAUGAGGAUGGAACUCUGAACAUCUCCUACAAGCCAACCGAGCCAGGAUACUACAUUGUCAACUUGAAAUUCGCUGACCAUCAUGUUGAAGGAUCUCCGUUCACAGUGAAGGUGACUGGAGAAGGUAGCAACAGACAGAGGGAGAAGAUCCAGAGACAGAGAGAGGCAGUGCCUAUCACCGAGGUUGGAUCCGAGUGCAAGCUCACAUUCAAAAUGCCUGGUAUCACAGCGUUUGAUCUGUCGGCCACUGUCACAUCUCCCAGCAAUGUAACCGAGGAUGCAGAAAUUAACGAAGUCGAAGAUGGACUCUAUGCUGUUCACUUCGUGCCCAAGGAGCUUGGAGUGCACACUGUUUCUGUCAAGUACAAGGAAAUCCAUAUUCCAGGAUCUCCAUUCCAGUUCACGGUGGGCCCGUUGAGGGACGGUGGGGCCCACAGGGUGCACGCGGGGGGUCCGGGUCUGGAGAGGGGAGAGCAGGGACAGCCUUGCGAGUUCAACGUGUGGACGCGCGAAGCGGGCGCGGGUUCAUUGGCCAUCUCGGUUGAGGGACCCAGCAAGGCCGAGAUCGACUUCAAGGACAGGAAAGAUGGCUCUUGCUAUGUCAGCUAUACUGUCGCUGAGCCUGGCGAGUACCGAGUGGGUAUCAAGUUCAAUGACCAGCACAUACCUGAUUCUCCGUACAAGCUUUUCAUUUCGCCUGCAGUGGGUGAUGCCCACAAACUGGAAGUGGCUCAAUUCCCCACCACCGGUGUCAAGGUCGAGACUCCAGCUCAGUUUUUGAUCCGUAAGAACGGCGCCAAGGGAGAGUUGGAUGGAAAGAUCGUCUCACCUUCGGGUGCCGAAGACGAUUGCUUUAUUCAAGCGAUUGAUGGUGACACUUACUCGAUCCGAUUCAUGCCGCGAGAAAACGGCAUCCACAACAUCCACUGCAAGUUCAAUGGUGUCCACAUCCCGGGAUCUCCCUUCAGGAUCAAGGUUGGCAAGGAGGAUGCUGAUCCCGCCGCAGUGCAUGCUAGUGGAAAUGGUCUUGGAGAUGUCAAAACAGGACAAAAAACCGAUUUCAUGGUUGACACAUGCAACGCGGGCGCUGGCACACUGGCAGUCACAAUCGAUGGUCCAUCUAAGGUCUCCAUGGACUGCACUGAAGUCGAAGAAGGCUACAAAGUUCGCUACACGCCCUUGGUCCCAGGAGACUAUUACAUCAGUUUGAAAUACAACGGAUACCACAUUGUAGGCUCGCCUUUCAAAGUAACCUGUACAGGUGACAACUUAGCCGAGAGAGGAGCUCAAGAAACGUCUUCAGUGGUCGUUGAAACAGUACAGAAAGUAGGAAAGAACAAAGCUCAAGGUCCAAUUUUGCCGCUUUUCAAGUCAGAUGCCAGCAAAGUAACAAGCAAAGGAAUGGGAUUGAAAAAGGCCUACCUUCAAAAACAGAACAUGUUCACAGUUCAUUGUGGAGAUGCCGGUACAAACAUCUUGUACGUGGGAAUACAUGGACCCAAGGGUCCCUGCGAAGAAGUAGUUGUUAAGCAUAUGGGUCGUAACAACUAUCAAGUGAACUACGUUGUGAGGGAGCGUGGCGAUUACAUAGUCAUUGUAAGGUGGGGGGAUGAACACAUUCCCGGCUCACCUUUCAAAGUCGAUGUUUAAUCUCAUCCAUCUCAAUUAAUAUCUCGAUUUGGUUUCAUAUAAAUUUGCCAUAUACAUUUCAAUUUUACCAACUUAUCUCAUAUUAUUUCAUGUUUUUCUCAUUCAUUAUCGCGUAAACGUUCACAGAUUUGACUUCAAACAAUAUUUUAACUGACGAUGAGUCGAUAGAUAACUGGUCUGUACUUCAUACAUAGCACGAAUUUGAUACAAUAAAUUUGAAAUUGAAAAAUAUAAAUUCAUAUAGCAAAAGAUUUCUCUAUUAUUUUCAUGAUAGUGAGCACGUGUAUUGAUCAAAUAUUUAUAUAUUUAUUGAUAUAUAUGCUCACUCCCAAUUGUUCGAUAUUUUAGAAAAUUGACGUAAAUGGUUCUUAUCAAACUUAAAAUGAUUAUUAUACGAAUUUCAAUGUGAGACCAGAUCACCUUUUUGUAUUUUCGUAAUAGAUGCAGUAUUACUAGUUAUAAUAUUUCAUUUUUGGAAAAAUGUUGUUCUCAAACUGCCAAAUCCUUCGAUUAAUGUCUUUUAAAUACAAAAAUGUACUACUACUACCACGAUUAUUAUUACAAUGGAAUUUAAUGUCUAAAUUUGAGAACAAUAAUUGAUGUCAUUCUUUAUUCAAAUAUGUACCAAUGUAAGUACAGAAAGCAGUUUUAAUGGAUCUGCUUUACAUAAAAAAACACCUUUUAUAUUUCUGCUUGGAUUCUUUUCUCAUUUUCAUUAUUCAUCAAAGUUGGAAUUCAGCUGUUCUUAAUGCUCUCAAUGUGCACUUUAUUAUUUGAAUCACCUUUUAGUUAUUUUGAAACCUUUUUGUGUGAGAAAAAUUAUUUCAAAACUCUCUGACUAUAUUAGUGCCUUAGGACAAUAUUUUUAUUCGAUUUGGAAACUGAUGUCCUCAAUUACAAUCAAAAUUCCAAGUAAACCCUUGAUUUAUUAAGUUUUAUUCUAUAAAAAUGUUAUUGACUUAUUGUAAAUUUAAUGAGUUUUAAAAAUAUUAUAUUGUUUGUUGAUUGUUCAAUUGUUUAUUUGUUUAUAUUACUCAAAAGAUAACGACCAUGGUAAUUUACAUUAAUAUUAUUUUUCUAAAGACGAAUAUGGGUUAUUAUAAAUAAAAAUCUGUACCUUAGAGCUAGAGGAGUGUGAGUACAUUUUUGGACUAAAUGAUGUUUGUAGUGGGUCUUUUUCGAACUCAGUUUCUGGGUUUUUGAACUCUAUAGAUAUUGAAUAACGUAAGUCCUCUACAGUUUAUAGUUUUCGAGAAAAGUCAGAGCAGAAAGAGCGUAAGUCCAAUCAGCAUCAAGACUGAAACAACGUGAGUUCAAUAUUUCACAUGUAGGUCUCAUGCUGAUUGGACUUUGGCUCUUCUAGUCCUGGCUGGGAGUAGAUAACCUUUGGGCUCUCCUGUAAAAUCAGCAGUUUGAAACUUGCACCCUUCUAGCUCUGAGGUUCAGUAGAUGAAUAAAUGAAAUGACGUGCCUUAUUACUUUGGUUAUACUAGUCCUAAGUUAUUAUUUAUAUUCACUCUUACACAUUAAUAUCCUAUUUGAAGCCAUACAAUUUAUUUUAUUACUUAACUUUCCUGUUUAAUGUUAUAUUGACUAAGGGUCCGGCUUGUUUCAAUGUAUUUGAAAAAUUUCAUACAGUUUGAAAAAUAUAUUUUUGUACUUAUUCUAAAUUGUGAAAUUCUAUUCUUCAUAUAAAUGUAUUCUCAUCCAAAACUUUUUUGUCUGAUCAUUCUAUGUUACAUAUCCUUACUCGAAAAUAGAUAUUUAUUGAUUUUGACUUCUAUAAACUCAGAAUAAAAGAUGUAAAUACAA